AUGGCAAAGAAAUUAAUGGAAAGUUAUCUUUUACGUGUUGUUGAGUAUGCAGAACCGCGAUAUCCCAAGGCCAUAGACAUUCUUGAAGAUGAUAUCUACGAUACUAGCGAAAAGAAAACGAACUAUCGAUUAUCUGGAGGAAAAUACGUCUUUGUUAAUAACAUUCAAGUACCAAUACAUGUCAAGUCGAUAGUAAUCACUUAUGUCGCUGUCUACCACCUUAUCUACCCAAAUAAGAUCAAUAAAAAUGGUCAAAACUCCCCCCUUGGUCUCCCUUAUUUUCUUCCUGUCAGCCCUUCGACAUUAUAA